AGCGACCAAAUGCCAAAGAGGUAACCAAAUGCUCCCAACUUCUGUGCACCACAACUCUCUGCGCACACAAACACACUCCUAGCCGCUGCCCUCUCUCUCGCUGCAUCUUCUCUUUCUCGCUGUUAUUGUCCAAACUUCCCCACAACCAUAACUUUUAGGGCACUUUAUAAUGCUAUUUUUUUCUCAGCACUCCUUUUUUUUUUUUUUUUUUUUUCUCAGGCUCUUUAUAAUGCUAUUGAAUUUAAUUUAGAAUUUUUCUCUUUGGUCUUCAGGGUUUGGAUUGCACUCAAUAUGACUACAUUUUGUUGUGUGCUUUUCAGUAGGUUAAGUGCAAUAACAGGUAAUUGGUUUUUGUUGUAGAGAGAAAAAUUUAGGCAACCAUUUGGAAAUGUGAUUUGGUGUAUGAGCAGUGGGCUAUCUUAUAUAGUUUAUAACUCAAUGCAGGUGUAGUGGUCAGAUGGGGAAUGAUUUGCAGUUUUGAUGGAAACUAAAAGUAGCAUGUAUUUUCUCUCCUCUUUUUUUUUCUUUAUUAUAUAGUGGUUAGUCUUUUUAUUUUUAUUAUGUUUCAAAAUAAAUUUGAUUGUGUGUUUGGAAAGAGUGCAUUUUGGACAGUUUGUCCUCACUGUUGCUAUUUGUACGAGUAUGAGAAGGUUUAUGAGGGGUGUUGUUUGAUGUGUCAUAAUGACUAGUGCUGGAAAGGGUUUCAUGCUAUGCCGCUUCCGUCGCCGUCACCAAUGGGGGUGGUGGAGAUGGGAUUUGAAGGGGAUAAAGGAAAAGGGUUGUUGCCGUGGAUGCCUUUUUCUCCUUUUGUUGCUCAAGUGGAAAUAAAGGAAGAGAAGAAGAAUGAUGUCCAUGAAGAUGAUAAUGUGUGGGAAAGAGAUAGUUUUAUAGAAAAUUUUGAUGAUAGUGACGAUUUUUAUGAUGAAAAUGGAAGUAAAAAUGAGGUGACGUUGGAGAAUUUCAAUGCUAAGAAAAUAAAUGAGGGUUAUCCUCAUGGUGGUGAAGAAUUGGGCUUGAAGGUGGAAGCCAGUGAAGAUAAUGAGCAUUUUGAUUCUUGGUUUGGUGCAGGAAUGGGAAUAGGAAAUGGUGGAAAUGACUUUGUCACGGGUUAA